AUGGAUGUAAUUAAGAAGGAAGAAAAUGAAUCAUUACAGGAAGAGGCUGCUGCCUGCCUGGCCCAGCUGAUUAAGGUGUGCAUAAACCGAGACCCCAGCCCGAACUCCAAGAUUGUCAAGAACCUGUGCAGCUUCCUGUGUGUCGAUCCAUUUGUCACACCUAAUGUAGGAAACCCUAUGCCUCCCUGUGUUCAUUCACAAGGGACAGGAGAUCCCGGCAGCCUGGAAGUGUCCUGCACCAUGUACAGGGGAAUCUUGACAUUGUCAAACCUACAGAGGGUGAAUGACCAUAGGGUGCGAAGGAAAGUACGUCGACCAGCCAUUGCUUUGACAGAAGAUCCUGAAGCAGCUGCUGUUGCCCUCAGUUUAGAGGCAGAUCUCUCUCAGGAACAGCGGGAGCAACAGAAACAGCUGUCUGUACAAAGGCAGGGAGCUGAGACAGCCCUGACUGUUUUGUGUAGAUCAUUUGCCAAUGAGCUGCCUGACAAGUUGCCAUCAUUGUGGUCUGCCUGUGUGGAUGCUAUCAAACACUUUGAGGAGCCCAGCAAAGAUGGAUGUAGCAGUGCAGACAUUGAUGUGUGCAAGAUUCAAGACUUUGUAAAUAACCUGCAGACUACUGAGACUGUUCUUCCAGCAUUGCAUUCUGAUUUGUUACCUUACCUCAUUAAACAGUUUGACAGGCUCUGUUACUAUCUUCACCACGACAUUACUGCUGUCCGCCACAUGAUCGCCAGGGUCAUGGCUGCCUUGAGCCUGCGGAGCACGGCAAGCCUCAUGCAUUAUGUGAUCGAACAUGUGAUUCCGUUACUUGGUGCCACCGAUGAUGACAACAUGAGGGAGGGAGCAACAGAGGCAGUUGCCAAUAUUUUAGAAUCUCUAGGCAUAGAAGCCCUGCCUUACAUAGUUCUGCUUGUGAUUCCCAUCCUGGGUCGGAUGUCAGACCAGAUUCAGUCUGUCAGACUUAUGGCUACCCAUUGCUUUGCUACUCUGGUGAGACUGAUGCCACUCGAGGCGGGUGUGCCUGAUCCACCUUCUACAGAAACCUGGUUAUCUGAAAGAAAAGGAAGAGAGAGAAAAUUUCUAGAACAGCUCUUUGACCUGUCAAAAGUGGAAAACUACCAGAUCACAGUGCCUAUCAAUGCAGAGUUGAGGAAGUACCAACAGGAUGGUGUCAACUGGCUGGGUUUCUUGAAUAAGUACAAGCUUCAUGGGAUCUUGUGUGAUGACAUGGGGCUGGGCAAAACCCUACAGUCCAUCUGUGUCUUGGCCACAGACCACCUUGAGCGGGAGGCCAAGUACAAGGCUUCACAAGAUGCAGACUGCCAGAGUUUGCCUUCCAUCGUCAUUUGUCCACCAACCUUAGUGGGCCACUGGGUCUAUGAGGUCAGCAAGUUUGUUGAUACAGCCUAUCUGAACCCCUUGAUGUAUGUUGGACCACCGGCUGAACGAGUCAGAAUACAAAAGCAAGUACCCAAACACAAUCUUAUUGUGGCUUCUUACGAUGUGGUCAGGAAUGAUAUAGACUUUUUUAGCAAUAUUGUGUGGAAUUAUUGUAUAUUGGACGAGGGGCAUAUUAUCAGGAAUGGAAAGACAAAGCUUGCCAAGGCAACAAAGCAACUGAUUUGUAAUCACAGACUGAUCCUUUCUGGCACACCGAUUCAGAACAAUGUGCUGGAUCUGUGGUCUCUCUUUGACUUUCUCAUGCCAGGAUUCCUCGGAACUGAACGCCAGUUCCAAGCCAAAUAUGGGAAACCAAUAUUACAGAGUAGAGAUCCAAAAAGCACAGCUAAAGAACAAGAAGCAGGUGCCUUAGCAAUGGAAUCCCUCCACCGGCAAGUCCUGCCAUUUAUUCUUCGUCGGCUCAAGGAGGAUGUGCUGCAAGACCUGCCACCAAAGAUCAUACAAGAUUAUUACUGUGACCUGAGCCCAUUACAGGUGGAACUGUAUGAAGACUUUGCCAAAUCUAGAGCGAAACGCACAGUAGAUGAUACAGUGAAGGGAGGCGAGGAGGGUAAAGAGAAGCGAGUCACAAACCAGAGCACAACUCAUAUAUUCCAGGCUCUUCAGUAUCUCCGCAAAGUCUGCAACCACCCAGGCCUAGUGUUAACCCCGUCCCAUCCCCGCUACAAGGAGAUCACAGCCAACCUUCAACAGCACAGCUCCAGCCUGCAUGAUUUGCUACAUGCCCCGAAACUCAUGGCCUUGAAACAACUGCUGAACGACUGUGGCAUUGGUGUGGCAGUAGCCAACUCAGCAGGUUCAGCAGCUGAAUCAGUUCCAGUGGUCAGCCAGCAUCGGGUUCUUCUGUUUUGUCAGCUCAAGAGUAUGUUGGACAUUGUGGAGAAGGACUUGCUCAAAGCCUGUAUGCCUAGUGUGACAUUCCUGCGACUGGAUGGAAGUGUUCCCACAGGUUCAAGACAUGACAUUGUACACAGGUUCAACAAUGACCCAUCCAUUGACAUUCUGCUGCUGACCACCCACGUGGGAGGUCUGGGUUUGAACCUGACAGGGGCUGAUACAGUCAUAUUUGUGGAGCAUGACUGGAAUCCCAUGAAGGAUUUACAGGCAAUGGAUCGGGCACACAGAAUCGGCCAGAAGAAGGUGGUUAACGUCUACCGUCUGGUAACCAGGGGGACCUUAGAGGAGAAGAUUAUGGGACUUCAAAAGUUCAAGAUGGCCAUUGCCAACACAGUCAUCACCCAGGAAAACUCCAGUUUGCAGACUAUGGGCACAGAUCAGCUGCUGGAUCUGUUUGUGUUGGAUGACUCCAAGAAAGCUGCAUCUGGAGACACCUCAGUUAACGGAGAAGACAGCAGGCAAGCUGGAAAGACAGCCAAGACUGAAACAGUCCGCACCAUCCUGGAGAAUUUGGGAGAGCUGUGGGAUGAAAGCCAGUAUGAGAAUGAGUACAACAUGGAAUCUUUUAUGAAGUCUUUGGGAAAUGUACGGUAA